AUGCAUUGUGUCAAAACAGUGAAUUAUGCUAUUGUUGUUAAUGGACAAACUACUCAAAGAUUUGAUGCAGCUAAAGGCCUCAGACAAGGGGAUCCUAUGUCACCUUUUUUAUUUGCCAUAGCAAUGGAAUAUCUUAGUAGGCUCCUCAUAGGACUUAAAGAAGAGAAAGCAUUCAAAUAUCAUCCUAAAUGCUCUAAGCUGGACAUUACACACUUAUGUUUUGCAGAUGAUUUGCUAUUGUUUUCAAGAGGAGAUCUGGAGUCCAUCAAGAUACUUCAAAGGUGCUUUUCAGAGUUCUUUCAAGCUUCUGUACUGCAGGCAAAUCUUACAAAAAGUUCCAUAUACUGUGGUGGAGUUCAGAUGGAGUCAUAUUGGGCUCAACUCUUUAUUAUUCCUAUAAAGAUAAUUAAAGUGAUUGAAGGAUUAUGUAGAAGUUACUUAUGGUCAGGGGUUGGUUAUGUUACAAAAAAGGCAUUGAUAGCAUGGGAGAAAGUAUAUUGUCCUAAAUAUGAAGGAGGUAUGGGGUUGAUCAAUAUGAAAGUGUGGAAUACAGCUGCAGUUGCUAAACUCUGUUGGGAUUUAGCUAACAAGGAAGAUAAGCUAUGGAUUAAAUGGAUACAUGCAUACUAUAUAAAAGGGCAGAGGGAAUGGAAGAUGAGGAAACAUGCAAGUUGGAUAAUACAAAAAGUAAUGAAUGCACAAAAAAUUGUGGAGCAGGUUCAGCAAGUACAAGGCAAAGGUAAAGGGAUGAUCAGGAAACUGUAUUGUCACAUGAAAGGAGAACAACACAGGCCAACAUGGACUUGUCUUAUGUUCAACAAUGCAGCAAGACCAAAAGCUUACUUUACAAUAUGGAUCAUGAUGAAUCAAAAGCUAGCAACAAUUGACAGAUUGGCUCAAUGGGGAGUAGCAGUAGAUAAGACAUGUGUGUUAUGCAAGAAUGCUGAUGAGAAUGUAGAACAUCUGUUUAUGCAAUGCAACUUUGCCAGAAAACUGUGGGGGAGGCUGUUAAGCUGGAUAGAACAACAAAGUACUGUUCCAUUGACAUGGGAGCAGUUUCUGCAGUGGUGUAUUCAACAUGGAAAAGGGAAGAGUUCAGCAGCACAAAUGUUCAAUAUAGUAUUGACUGAAGGUAUCUAUGGCUUGUGGAUGGAGAGAAAUAGUAGAAUUUUUUAG